AUGGUCGCUUUCGUCCACCGGACACAGCCCGCUCACCGCCGAGGCCAGUCGCGAUUGAUCACCAAUCAAUUCUUUUACCUCUCCAAAUUCACCGAGGUGCUUGCUGUGACAAUGUCUGGUGAAAAGCGCCCUGCUCCAGAGGGCUUUGGGACCUCGCACCAGCUCGUGGUCAAGCGGAACAAGGCCGCCGAAAAUGCAGGAACCGAGCUCGUGAAGGGCUCUUCCCAAAAUGGAGCUCUCAUUCAAUCUGUUCCUCGCACAAGUGGUUUGGAUGCUCCUAUCAUGGAGCUCACAGGCCACUCUGGUGAAGUAUUUGCAGUUCGAUUCGACCCUACCGCGCAACACAUCGCAUCUGGAUCCAUGGAUCGUUCCAUCUUACUGUGGAAUACAUACGGGCAAUGCGAAAACUACGGCCAAUUGACAGGUCACCGGGGAGCUGUGUUGGAUCUUCAGUGGUCACGCGAUUCGCGGGCACUGUUCUCAGCAUCCGCAGAUAUGACCCUCGGAAGCUGGGAUGUUGAGACCGGGGAACGAGUACGCCGUCACGUGGGCCAUGAGGAGAUCAUCAACUGCCUCGAUAUCAGCAAAAGAGGACAGGAGCUUCUAGUCAGUGGUAGUGAUGAUGGGUCCAUCGGCAUCUGGGAUCCGCGGCAGAAGGAUGCUCUGGACUAUCUCCAGACGGAACUCCCCAUUACCGCAGUGGCAUUGUCCGAAGCGGGUAAUGAGAUCUACAGUGGAGGUAUUGACAAUACAAUCCAUGCCUGGGAUAUUCGGAAGAAGGCCAUAGUCUACUCGAUGGCCGGACACACAGAUACCAUCACAUCGCUACAAAUCUCGCCAGACUCACAGACUUUGCUGUCGAACUCUCAUGACUCCACUGUUCGCACAUGGGACAUUCGUCCAUUCGCCCCUGCCAACCGGCAAGUGAAGACCUACGAUGGUGCCCCUGUUGGACUAGAGAAGAACCUCAUCCGUGCCAGCUGGGAUCCUAAGGGCGACAAGAUUGCUGCAGGCAGUGGUGAUCGAAGUGUGGUUGUUUGGGAGACCAAGACCGGUAAAUUGCUGUACAAACUUCCCGGGCACAAGGGCACUGUCAAUGACGUGCGCUUCUCUCCCAAUGAUGAGCCGAUCAUCGUUUCUUGCUCCUCCGAUCGGAACCUGGUGCUUGGAGAGCUGGGCAAAUAA